CAGCCAUUUUGUGAUUCAGUGCAAACGCGACAGUUGUUGCGGAAACAUGUUGAUCCAGUCACUUUGUCAUUCCCUAGAAGAAUGUCACCUAAAAACAAGCCAAAAUUGUCCAAAGAGGAAAUAGCCAGUAAAAAAUCAGCCGCCGCAAAAGCUCGAUUGGAGAAAAUCAAAAGCGAUCCAGUUCUGUUGGCAGAAUAUAAAGAGAAAGAAAGAGUUAAAUAUUUAAGAAAGAAAGGGAAGGGACAACGUAAGUCUAUUCAGGAUAUGACCCCACGGGAGCAGAGAAAAAUUAGAAAACAAUGGAAGAAGUAUUCAACUGAUUACAGAAAGAAGAAAACAAUUACAAAAGAUUGUGAAAAUUAAGUUGUUCAGAAUACGCCACCUACAUCUGAAAAUGAAUCAUCUGAAGAAAAUGUAGAUCCAG